UUGAAACUGAAAGAUUUAAUGCAAAUAUCCAGUUGAGGCCGUUGAGUUGAGCAGAAAUGAAGUUCGGCAAGACCUUUGAGAGUCAUUUGACAACCGAGUGGCGUCAACAAUACAUGAAGUAUUCGGAACUUAAUGAAAUGAUUCGUCGAGCCGUUGUCAAUGCGCCCGACGCCAAAGUUACUAGAGAUUUACGACAUAUUCGAGAGAAGGAUUACGUGGCGAGUAGCGAAGUAAUUUCGUAUUAUCAGAAUUUCGAGAGCCGUUUCUUUGAGGUCUGUCACCAGGAAUUGAGCCGCGUCAUGGACUUUUACGCCCAGAAACUGGCCGAGGCCCAUCGCAAACUGGAGGCCAUAAGAGCUCAGUUGAUCUUGGAACUGGGUCCAGCUAGAGGGACGACUGCUCGUCAUUUGGGCCUGGCCUGCAGCGAGUUCUAUCUGAGUCUGAUAAUGCUGCAGAACUUCUGGUCUCUCAACUAUACGGCCUUUCGCAAGAUUUGCAAGAAGUACGACAAGUACAUCCGAUCCGAAAGAGGUGCUUCCUGGUUUCGCUACAAUGUCGUUGAGCCUGAAUUAUCCAAAGAUGAGCUCCUGGCGAUGAUUGUCGAGGUGGAGAGACUCUACACGACCCAUCUGACAAACGGAGAUCGAGCCAAGGCCAUGGCCAAGUUGAGAGUGCCACCCCUGCGUCGGUCCUCCCCGCCAGCUCAGGUCUUUCUGGCCGGUGUCCUGCUGGGUCUGUUUGUUGUCAGUGCCAUUAUGGUUAUCAUCUCAUUUUAUUAUUUGAUUGUGUUCAAGGAAGUGGAGACACUUAUGCCAUUUGGGCGACUUUAUCGCGGACUCUUUUGCUGGGUGCUGUGCUGCUUCUAUUUGGCCAUCAAUGUCUAUGUCUGGCAGAAUGUGGGCAUCAAUCACGUCCUGAUCUUCAACGUCGACCUGCGUAGGCACAUGCCAGCCACCUCCUUUCUAGAGGUAGCCGGUGGAAUGGGAUACCUUUGUGCUUUGACCAUGCUAUUGUUCCUACAUCACAAUGAGUUUGGCGUUGAUGAUCCAUAUCCAUUUCCACUGGUCUGCCUCCUGCUGCCUCUGGCGAUUCUCAUCAAUCCCGUUAGGAUUAUGAACUAUUCGGCAAGAGUGUGGAUGCUACGAUGCUUGGGAAGGGUUCUGACUGCACCCUUUUUUCAUGUGCGCUUCGCUGACUUUUGGCUGGCCGAUCAAAUGAACUCGCUGUCACUUUGCCUGGUGGACAGUUAUCAUCUGAUUCGAUUCUAUUUCCGUUACUAUACGAACAGCGACAGUUCCUUUGAAUUCGAGCCGGACUGUGCGGCUCCAGUGAUCCGUUGCCUGCCGGCUGGGUUCCGUUUGGCCCAGUGCAUGAGACGCUAUUGGGAUAGCAGCGAUAGACCCAUUUCUUAUCCCCUGAAUGCAGUCAAGUAUGCAACUAGUAUUGCUGCCGUCAUUUGCUCCACGAUUGUUAUGGAAUCGAAUGAUAAUUAUGUCAGCAUGUUUGACAAUCCCUGGAUUUGGAGUUAUCUUAUCAUUUCACUGAUAUCAACCGUUUAUUCCACAACUUGGGACUUGGUAUGGGAUUUUGGUUUAUUUCAAGUGUGGAAAGGCGAACAUUUUUUACUGCGCGAGAAUCUAAUAUAUCGCAAGUGGUUUUAUUAUUUAGUCAUUGUUGCGAACAUUUUAAUCCGUUGCUUUUGGAUGUUGGAGGUGUAUUUGAUAUACAAUGAGAUCUUGUUACCCUACAAUUGCAAGACGAUUGCCACUUUGUGUGAAAUUACACGUAGGUUCCUCUGGAAUUUCCUGCGCCUUGAAAACGAGCACUUAUUCAAUUGCGGCAGUUUUAGGGCCACUCGUGAUAUAUUCCUCACACCACUGAACUUAAACGCGGAGGAAAGUAGCGAAAGACGUGAUAGUUCGCCAAUCAAUGUGCGUAAGAAGGAAUUCUAGAAUUCGGAGAAAAUUAAUCGAAAUUCAUUUGGGUUUUACGUUUAUAGCUUACAAAAGCGUAACUGGAUUUAUAUUGAAUUUUCUUUAUAUGCAUUCAUAAAAUAAAAUUAUAAAAUGAACAUUAAA